ACCACGUUUCUGUUGCAGUUUUUUACGAAUAAAAGAACGAAAUAUGGGACUGUUGUCGAUUUUGAGAAAACUGCGUUCGAACCCGGACAAAGAAUUACGGUUGCUUCUUCUGGGGUUAGACAACGCUGGAAAGACGACUAUUUUGAAAUCUUUAGCCAGCGAGGAUAUUACACAGGUGACGCCGACGCAAGGCUUCAAUAUAAAAAGCGUCCAAAGCGAAGGUUUCAAGUUGAACGUUUGGGACAUUGGAGGUGCGCGAAAAAUUCGCCCGUAUUGGCGAAACUAUUUCGAAAACACGGACGUUCUGAUCUACGUGGUGGACAGCGCCGAUAUAAAAAGACUAGAGGAAACGGGUCAAGAAUUGUCGGAACUUUUGCUGGAGGAGAAGCUAAGAGGUGUUCCACUAUUGGUGUAUGCAAAUAAGCAAGAUCUUGGACAAGCGGUAACCGCGGCCGAAAUAGCAGAAGGUCUUGGAUUGCACAAUAUCAAGGAUCGCGAUUGGCAGAUACAAUCGUGCAUAGCGACGGAGGGAAAAGGCGUGAAGGAGGGCCUUGAGUGGGCAUGCAACAACAUCAAGAGGAAGUAACGGGACGAGAACCGUGAAACAAUGGAACAG